GUCAAUGGUCUGAAAUGGUCAAUGUGUCAUGUCGGAAGAUUGUCAAUCAUGUUUUUUAUAUAAUUUUUUUUAUCACCUUUUAAAAGGUAGUUUAUCAAUCCGAAACAUUUAUUUUUGCAUUAAAUUUAUAAUUCAGUGAAAGUAAGAUAACUUGUUUUUUUGGCUUGAAGAAAUUGAUUUUCAAUUUUGAGGUUAGGUUUUUUCAACGUGACAAAUUCAACAAAAAUACCUAGUCAAAAUGCACCGAGUACCUAUUUUCUCACUCAGGUACCUCAUUAACAGAGAGGUACGUACAUACUCACAAGCACCUCAGAAACGUAGCUCAUUCUUAUCAAGACUGUAUGACAACUUUCGGGAAGAAAUGGCCAAAAACAAGGAAAUGAAAGAAUCCCUGAAGAAAUUUCGAGAAGAAGCCGAAAAACUAGAACAAAGUGAUGCCCUGAAGGCAGCCAGACAAAAAUUUGAGUCAGUUGAAAGAGAAGCUAGUAAAGGUAGUGAAGUCUUCAAAGACAGUUUGGGCACUAUUAAAGACAAAGUGAAGGGUGUUAUUGAUGAUGCUAGUAAGUCUGACAUUGCCAGAAAAGCUGGAAAAUUCACAGAGGAGGUAGGAAAACAAACACAUAGGAUAAGUGAGAAAGCUCAAGAAAUUAGCAAAACAGGAGCUUUCCAAAGUAUCUCACAUGCUACUAAAGUUGUCAAACAGGAAAUAGAUAACACUAGUAUGGAAGGAAAGGUUUAUGUUAGUCCAACAACUUUAAGAAAAAGAACUGAAACCAGUGCAGUGGUGCAUCAAAAAUAUUAUGAACCCAAUACAGAUGCUAUGGGGGUAGAAUUGCACAAGGACUCAAAAUUUUAUGAAUCCUGGCAAAACUUCAAAGAUAACAAUGCCUAUGUUCACAAAGUCAUGGACUGGAAGCUAAAAUAUGAUGAGAGUGAGAACCCUGUCAUUCGUGCUUCUAGGGCAUUAACAGAAAAAGUAGGUGACAUAAUGGGUGGUUUAUUCCAAAAAACUGAAUUGUCUGAGACCCUCACUGAAAUUUGUAAAAUAGACACCACAUUUGAUGCCAAAAGAUUUUUGAAACAAUGUGAAACUGACAUCAUACCAAAUAUUCUAGAAGCAAUGACCCGUGGGGAUCUAGAAAUCCUCAAAGACUGGUGCCAUGAAGGCCCCUACAAUCUAUUUGCCAUUCCCAUACAAGAAGCCUACAAAAAAGGCUACAAAAUUGAGUCUAAAAUCCUGGAUGUAGAUAAUGUUGACUUACUCAUGGGCAAAGUAAUGGACCAAGGUCCAGUUUUGAUCAUCUCCUUUACUUCCCAGCAAGUAAUGGCUGUCAAAAAUUCUACAGGGGAAGUUGUGGAAGGAGACCUGGACAAAAUCAUGAGGGUCAACUACGUUUGGGUACUGUGUAGGGAUCCUUCUGAGCCUGACCCUAGGGCUGCUUGGAGGCUACUGGAUAUUUCAGCCAGCAGUAAUGAACAGCUUGUGUAAUUGACUAAGGAGAAAGUUGAAAUUAUGGUGGAACAUGUGGAUUGGUUCACCUUGUUGUUACUAGUUGAAAAGGUGGACCAAGAUUGAUGAUGAAGUGAUGACUUGGAUUGUAUGCAGAAGAUAUACCAAAGGAGUUUUUUCUUCUCUAUUGAUAAAUCAAUAUCUGGAAAUUCACUGAUAUUGUUGUUAUCAUCAGGAAAGAAGCUCUCAUCAUCUGAAUGACAAGUACUAAAAUUGGUUUUGAAGUAUGCAUUAUUUGGCA